AUGUUACACCCAGAGAGAAAAGAGUAUAUGCAAAGAUUAGUAUACAAAAGUGAUGUGACUUGUAUACAACAAUUAAGAAUGAAUAGGGCAACGUUUGUUAAGCUGUGUCGUAUGGUUGAGAUUGAUGGCAAGUUAAAAGCCUCUAGGUAUCUCCAAAUUGACGAACAAGUAGCGAUAUUUUUGUAUAUUUUGGCCCACCACGUGAAAAAUCGUGUGGCGAAGUUUCAAUUUCAUAGAUCAGGAGAGACAAUUAGUAAACAUUUCAAUAAUGUAGUCAAUGUUGUUAUUCGAUUGGAAAAAAAUUUGUUUAAGAAACCCGAGCCUAUAUCAGAAACUUCAACCGAUGAAAGAUGGAAAUGGUUUAAGGGAUGUUUAGGAGCAAUAUAUGGGACACACAUAAGUGUACAUGUACCAAAGGCAGACAAACCUAGAUACAUAAAUCGAAAAGGCGAAAUAACAACGAAUGUACUUGCUGCUUGUACUCCUGAUAUGCAAUUCAUUUAUGUAUUACCAGCAUGGGAAGGAUAUGCUGCGGAUGGUAGAAUACUACGUAAUGCAAGGAAGUGGAAUGAGAUAGGGGUCCUGGAAAAAAUAAAAGGAAGUGGAAUGAGAUAG